AUGACGAAGUUCAGGCCUUGCAUUGAUUUACAUUCAGGACAGGUCAAACAAAUCGUAGGUGGCACAUUGACGGAAAAAGAAGGGGAUCUGCAGACAAACUAUGUCUCAAAGCAUUCGGCCGGCUACUUCGCCAAAUUGUACCGUGAUCGCAACCUGACGGGCUCGCAUGUCAUCAUGUUGGGACCCGGAAACGAAGACGCGGCUAAAGAAGCACUUGCUGCCUGGCCUAACGGUCUGCAAGUCGGCGGUGGCAUAACAGACAAAAAUGCAGGACUCUGGAUUGACUGUGGCGCCGAAAAAGUGAUCAUCACUUCCUUUUUGUUCCCAGACGGAAAAUUCUCGCAGCAACGUCUUGAAAGCGUGCUUCAGGCGCUGAAUGGGAAUAAAGAACGACUGGUCAUCGACCUUAGCUGCCGGAGGAAAAAUGACACCUGGUUUGUGGCCAUGAACAAAUGGCAGACAAUCACCGACUUUGAGGUGAACGAAGAGAACAUCAAGAUUCUCCAGGCGUACUGUUCUGAAUUCCUUGUUCAUGCAGCUGAUGUGGAGGGUCUCCAGCAGGGGAUAGACCACAAGCUCGUAGAAAAGCUUGGGCAGUGGUGUUCGAUACCAGUAACGUACGCAGGUGGUGGCAAGCAUCUCGAAGAUCUAGACGUCGUCGAGAGGCUCAGCAAGGGUCGAGUUGAUCUAACCAUCGGAAGCGCCCUGGAUAUAUUUGGUGGGUCUCUAGUUCGAUUUGACGAUUGCGUCAGGUGGAAUGAGGGCAAAUAA